AUGGCGACCUCCUCCGCGUUCAAGUCAGCCUGCGAGGCCGUGGAAGAUGACGUCUUCUCUCUUUCGUCAGCUGCUUCGGAGUUCCUUUUGGGAUUCCAGACCUUUGCCGUGGAGUCUCAGCCGUUUUCAACUCGGUCUCUUUUCGAAGCCUGCUCCCGUGCGUCUGGCCUUCAGCAGCAUGGAUCUGGGCCUGCGGAAGGCUCACAGGGGGGAAUCCCUCUCGAGGCUCUCCUCCCUGCUCGGAUUCCUCAGACGGAGACACGAGGGGGGGGAGGCGACUGGCGCCCGAAAAGCUGCGGAGACUCGUGCGCCUCGCUGAACGGACACGGGCGAGCCCUUCCGCGCGGCGCCCCUGCCGCAGAUGCCGCAGCUCCCCCAGGGGGAGACUCUCCGCAGACACGCCCGCCUGUCGCUCCCGCGUCGACUGCUUUUUUUGCUGAAGAGUCGUCCGCGUUGCCUGUGGAGGCCGCCGCCCCAGGAGGCGAAGAGGGCGCGGCGCUGGGGCGGAGGGGACCUCAGAGGAACGAUUCAGCCGCUGCCGACGAAGACGCGCACGAAACGGCGAACGAGAAGGGCCGCGGCUUCCGCAUAAACGACAGGGGACCCCGGACAGAAGGCGACAGCGUUCGAGUGGAAGAGGCAGAGGCGGCCUACCGCCAGGUGGUCACGCGCUUUCAGUUCCUCAAGCAACUGCGACAUCCGUUCCUCUGUUCGUACACUCACAUCCUUCGCAAGGCCGAGCGCUUUUUUGUCGUCUCUGAGUACUGGUCGCUUUCUCUCGCCGACCUCAUCCACCAACGGGAACAGGCGCUAGGCGCCCGCUCUCCGCCUUCCUCUGCUUCGGCUGCGUCAGCUUCGCCCUCUCCGCAGCGCCGCUCGGCUGCCUCUAACUCCGCGUCGUCUGCCGCGCGGUGGCUGGCGAGCGCUGCUCUGCUGCCGGAGGCCUUUCUGAGGCGCAUGGCCGCGCAGAUCCUCUCUGCCUUGGCGUUUCUGAACGAGCAGGGCCUGACUCACGGUCGGCUGUGCCCCAGCACCAUCCGCUUCACUGCGGACGGCGACGUUCGCCUGAGCGACUGGGGUCUGAACUACUUGCUCCACCGCGGCUCGCUGUCUCCCCACACGCGCCUCCUGCCGUGCCCGCCGUUCCUCACGCCGCAGCAGGCGCUCUUCGGCGCCGAAGUCUCGGCCGUCUCGCCGCCCUUUUCGAAAGACGACUCGUGGGCUCUGGGCGCCGCGCUCCUGCAGGCCGCCCAGGGGCCGCCGCGCCUGCAGCCCGGCGUGCUCAUUGCGCUCCUCGCACAGGCGCGCGCUGAGGCGAAAGAAAAGGCAGAGACUGCAGAGCGACCGACGGCGCUCGACAAGGCCGCCGACCGCGCGGAGGCGCACUCGCCCGCGCACGCCUCCACGGGGCCCGAAGCGGAGCUCCAGACAGGGUACAGAGCCCGAGGCAGAGACCGUUCGUGGUCGGGCGAGAGGCAGGGCUUUCGGGCGCUGCAGGGCGAGUUGGGACUCCGAGAACGAAGAGCUCUAGGAGACGCGGAGGGAGAGGAGGGAGCCUGCGAGGCCGAGGUUGAGGCUUGGGAGAGAGACUGGCAACGCGAAGUCGACCGGAUCCUGGGGUUCCCGAUCCCAGUGGGCGGCUGGGACGAUUGGUUUGCCUGCGAAAAGCGGGGGCGAGACGAAGGCGACCUCCACUACGCUCCGAGGUCGCGCGAGGAAGAGAAACGUCUGCCGCAUCUCCACCCCCUCUGCACUCUGCGCGCCAUCGAGCAUGCGGCGCGAAUGCUCCUGUACGUACACUGGGCGUACGAGGACCAUGUGCGCCCCCAUGUCGACGAAGCUUGCACUUUUCUGUUCCAAAACGGGCCAGAAAUCAGCGAAGCGGAAGAUGCGAAGAGGCAAGGAAACCAAGGGAGACGCGAGGGUGGAGGAAGCCGUGGGAGGCCGCGCAGGAGCGAUGAGAAGGCCAAUGGCUUCGGUCGCGAGCCCGCGGGAAGGGCUGGGCGGCAGCUACUGUGGAGAGCAGCAUCGUUCUCUUGCAUUGGAAGAAGCCUUGAGCGGCGUCUUCUGCAGCACAAGGAGCGUCUCGUCGCUGAACUGCGGCACGUGGUGAGCCGGCCCUGUUGCCUAGUGGAGCCUGAGGCGUACGCGGCCCUUCUCGCUGCGCUCUCCGCCUGUCUCGAGAAGCGGAAAGGCAUGGGCGACGACGCAGCCGACAGCGAGGGGACGAAGCGCGCGUGGCGCGCCCCCAACAGCCAAGACGAGGAAGGCAGACGCCAGCUCUCGUCGCCGUGCUCGAGUUGGCUCGCGUCGCCGGCUGCGAAGGGCUGGGAGGUUGAGGAGACUUUCCUCUGGGCUGUGCUCUGCUCCCAAGCGGGCUGGUUUUCUGGCGGCGCGCUUUUCUCACACGCGCUUUCUCCUUCUCUCCUUCACGUUUCGUCUCUGCGGUCUUCUGGAAGCCGAGUCGCACCCCAAGCCCCAGCGAGGUGUCGGCCUUCUCGGUCUGCCCGUGCCCCUUUUUCGCCGUUCUCCUCCGGCUUCCGCGACCUGCUCAGGGGCCUCCUGGAGGUGAACCCGGGCCGCCGAUUCUCGCCGGCGGAGGCUGCGAGCCUCGCCUGCAGCCGCGAGUUCCUUUCUUCUCCCUGCCAGCCGCGUCUGUUUGGCGGAUCGCAGGGCGCCAAGGUGUCUUCGCUAGCGAGCGUCAAAGGGACCGACGCCUUCUCGCAGCCGGCGCGUGACAGGGUGAGAGGCGGAAGACUCGAAGCUUCUAAAAGAGAGACAGACGGCGACUGCGGACGGGACAAUGGGCGCGAGGUGGCGGAGGAGGCGAGGAAUGAAUCCACCAGGCGGCAGCCAGAGCGAACUGUGCUGCCCACGGUCGUGGAGAAGGAGACUUUGCUGGCGCGCCCCAGGGCAGCGGAGGCUGCUGGGCUCCUGCUUGACCUGCACAUUGACGACACACUGGAGGCGAUCCGCAGCGGUGCGAGCGAAUGUGAAGGGCAGCUGUGUCAUGAUUCUCUCCUGUUAAGACGGCCCCAAAGGCGCUCCACGCUUCGCCUCGUGCGUGGAGGCCGCAAACGCGAAGGACUACUUGUCCCGGUACCACAACGUGCCUCUGGAAGAGAUUUUCUUCUGGUGGCAGCUGCGAGGCGGCGACGUCUGCGAGACGCUCGUCGACCUCGGCGCAUUUCGCCCCGUUCCGCCGAUUCUUCGCCUCCCUCUGUGCUGUCUCCUUCGUCCGCCCCCCACGAGUACUCGCUCGGCGCCCUGAGGGCUAGCCGGCGCGUCGGCUCUGCAGCGCACGCCUCUGCCGACAAACCCGCGGCGCGCCAGUCGGGCCGCGUGAACGUCUCUUCUUCGUCUCCGUCUCCGCGCACGACUUCCUCCGGCUCGCCCGCUGCACUCGCGUCUUCGCCGUCGUCUUCCGCGGCUUCGCCGCAGUCUCCUUCCUCGUCUCCGCCUGCUGAGUCGUCGCAGGAGGGGGGCGUGCGCUGGCCUCAAUGGGCUGGCGGCUCACACGACCGUCUCCCGUUCCUGUCGCCCCUGCUGGACUUGCGCCUUCUCCACGACUUCUGUGCGGCGCCCGCGCGCACCUUGUCGAGCGGCGCUGAGGCAAAGCCGACGGAGGGCUUCCAAGCCUGCAGCUGCUUGUCUCUCGCUUCUCUGCUUCCCCCAGCUUCGCAAGCGCGCCCCGAGUCGCGCGCGCAACGCGCGGAUGCGACCCGCCGGCAGAGGGAGAGGGAAGGCACGAGCUCGCACGAAGGUCUGUGCUCCCUGGAGAGCGCAGACAGAAGCCCCGAGGCCGGCGCCGAGGAGACGCUGGGAGCCGUCGGGCUCGCCGCGGGUCAGAGCGCGUGCGAGAGAGCCCGCGGCCCGCUCUCGCCUCGUGAGGGCGGCCGCGGGGGCGGAGACGAGGAGGACGACGAGGGCGAAGAGAGCGAACGGCAGGCAGGCCGGCUGCUGCAGGGCGCUGUGGAGGACCGGAGCUUCUUCGCCUGCGGAUUCAGCGCGGGAAGGAACUGGCUCGACGUCGAGGGGAACUGGGUGGAGGGCGACGCGCGCAUCCGAGGCGUCUGCAUCCACGACACCGUCGUGGCGCUGCAGGAGGCCGAUCGGUUCUCCAUUUCGCAGAUGCACGAGGUUCGGCCCAGGUGUCUCUACAUGCGGCAGUUUCACUUCCUGUAUCAGCGACUGCGAGUCAGGCUCUUCCGGUCGCUGCUCGUUCAGCUUCCCAAGAGUCUCCAGCGCUUAACUGAGGAGGCGGCGGUAGACAUCCCUCCCCUUCUGCGCCCGCAGAUCUGGGCGGCGCUGCUCGGUGUAAACUACGCGGCUGAAGUCGCAGCCGGGCCGUUCGUGUUUGACCAGCUCGUUUUGGAGGGCCUCGCGAUGCCCGAGGCUCGCCAGCUGACCAGCGAGGACUUCUCCCAGUGCUUCGAACACCACGACUUGCUGGGUAGUCGCUUCGGCCGUCGCCAGCUGCGGCGCCUUCUGCAGGCGCUCUUUGCUCACUGCUGCCGGAUGCCUCUCUCUUUGUCGCCGCCUCGCUCGCCGCGCUCUUCCGGGGGCGGGAGCGCGCAUCUCGCUUCGGUCUCGGCCGCGGAGUCGCGCGCCUUCGUGUCCGCGCGGGGCCUGGAUGCGAUCGCCGCGCCGCUACAGCUUCUGUACGGCGGCCAGCCGCAGGUUGCCUUAGCCUGCCUCGAUCGCCUCCUCACUCGUCAGAGCCAGUUCAAGCUCUUCGGCGCGGAGAACGCUGCAGCCAUCGAGGACCAACUCGCGUGCUUCAGCCAGCUCCUCUACUUCUUCGACCCCCUCCUCGCCACUCACCUGCAAGCGAUCGGUCUCGGGCCGGAUCUGUACGCGCUGUCGUGGUUGCUGACGCUGUUUGCACACGCAUUGGACCUCCCGCAGCUGUUUCUGCUGUGGGACUCUCUUCUCCUUCAUCCACCGUCCUUUGUGCUCUUCGUCGCCGUCUGUCUGGUUCACCAUCUUCGCGUCCCGCUUCUGCAACUGGCUCCUGAUGAAGAGAGUUCGGCCCUCUCCCUGCUUCGCGCAGCGUCGGCCUUUCUGCACAUCCCGGCCCUCUGUGGGGUCGCUUCGUCGCUCGAGAGGGAGACACCUGUCUCCGUGGCCCUGCGCUUCCUCGCGCGGAAGUCGGGCUAUCCUUUGCAGGCAGGAGACGAGGCUGGCGACGCGGCGGAGGGCGAGCGAAUUCAGGGAGCAGAGGAGGAAGCGCCAGCCAGACUCCGCGAGGGGGCGGGAAAUCAGGGCGGAGGGAAAACAGGAAAAGGCGGUCGUCGAGCAGAUGAAGAAGAACCAGCGGAGGGAGACGCAACGGCACAAGCCCGUCCGCACCGGAAGGCUCGGGAGGCGAGCGAGCCGGAAGAGAGUUCGCCGUCUGGGGGGGCUGCGCGAUUCUACAUUGGUGAUGAAGAGGAGGGAAGUGAUGAUGACGCGUCCGUUGCUUCGGGCGCCACCUCGAGGGAGCGGCUGCCACACCUCUCGAGGAUGAAUUCGAACCAAGGCAGAGGCGACGUAAAGAAUAAAAGGAAAAAGAAACAAUCUCUCGUCGCAGCGAUGAUUCAGGGCCCCGCCAUGAUGCUCAUGGGCCCUCCCCGCAAGCCCCUGCGCGCUUUGGAGUCUGACGAAGACGACGAUACAAGCACCGCACAGCCCACAGAAUCAGAUCCCCUCCAGUCUUUCAUGGAGGAAGAGCGAUGGUGGGAGGCCCCCGUGGACAUUUUGUCGGCGCAUGCACAGCCGAGGCGGAGCGGUCCCGGCUACCAGGACGGCCCUGAGUGCGGCGGCGGGAGCCUGGGAGUGCGCGCUCGAGGGGCGUAUUGCCCGCCUUUUCUCACCGUCGAUGACCUUGUUGAGCAUCACAGCCACACCACUGUUCUGGACAUUCGUCCAGUCAAGUCUUUCCGGCAGCUGCACUUCAUAAACGCCAAGAACGUGGCGGCUGACUCUCCGUCCUCGGCCCUCGCGCCGCUCCUCGCUUCUGCCGCGGCCGCGGCGAACGCAAUGGGGGCGCCUUUUCCAGGGUCCAUUCCCUGUCCAGGCGGCAGCGAGAGUGAGACGCUGGCGGCUCUGUCCGCGAGUUCAGGGAUGCCUUCUUCGCCGUUCAGCCUUGGCCGCCACCCCUCCUCGUGUCUGUCGGCGUCGUUCGCUUCACGGAUCAGUUCCUUUCCACUGGGGUCUGCGCGGGGCAGCGCGGGGGCUGAGAAGCCCGCAGGCGCGGGCGCCCCUGUGCAGGGCUCGACAGCAGACGGCAGUGGCCUGUCUCAAAAAAAAGACGAGAAAAAGGCAAGUGUGGGCGAGCGAUACGGUCCUGCUGCCGGAGAGUACCCUGCAAAGUCUUUGUCACACUCUCCGAAACUCAGUAACCCGCACAGUGGCGGCGUCGCGCUGCCUGAAAGUCGCGCGACAGUCUACGAGUCGGGGGACGAGCCGCAGCAGCAUGCUACUGUUUUGCCGCCGUGGCUCAAAGGCGAUUCACAGAAAAUUCACCUGAUUGUGGUGACAGGGAAUCGGGCGGACUGGGGUGUCACGCUGGCGACGCGUCUGCAGAGGGCCGGCGUGCCGCAUGUCUGCGUUCUAAGAGGCGGGAUCGAUGCUCUCCUUGCAGAUGCCCCGAGCUGUUUCAUGGAGACGGGGAAUGCGGGAAAGGGUUAG